AUGUACGGCACGCUGGCCAGAAUCAACCAGCUGGUUAUUGUGAGCUAUAAAAUUGUUUACUUAUUUUUUGGGGUAUUUGGAAACGCAUCACUUAUUUAUCUGAUCGCAAGAAGAAAAAAGCUUCAAACAAAAUCAUCGAUACUUCAAGCAAUUCAAUGUUUAUGUCAUAUAAUAUGCCUCAUUGGUACUCAAGUUGACACUGUUCUCACUAUACUCGAUAUAAAGCUUCCAAGAAACCAAUGUUAUACCAAAGUUUCAAUUUACACAUUUUUCGAAACUGUACAAGCAAUGAUCAUGCUUUUCCUAGUUGUGGAUAUUUUAGUAAUUGUCAAGUUUCCAAGAUUUUACCAUACUUUUUCAACCGAAUGGUAUAUUAUUCUCGCACUAAUUCUUCCAGUGAUUUUUGGUAUAAUAUUUUUCAUUUGGGGAUUCAUAGAAACAGAUGAUGAAAUUGUUAUAUUUUGUAAUCCGCCACUUGGAUUGAACAUUACUGCAAGCACUUGGUUCUUUAGAUAUAUUCUUUUCCUCAAUCUCCUUACUCUCAUUGUUUUUCUAAUUUUGAUUAGAAUUUUUUAUGCUAAAGAUCAAGCAAAACGUGGGGAUUCGUGGAAAGUCAUGAAACGACUUCAAAUAUCUGUUGUAAUUUUUGUGUGCUCCUGGUUUAUAGCACAAUCAGCUAACUCUGUGUUCAUCGCAUUGGGAAUUACAGGAGAGACGUUCAAUUUUCUCGUAGCUAAUGUGUCCUUCUUUGUCUUGCUCUCAUUCAGUCAAUCAUUUUAUGUAAUAAUCUGGAAAUCGAAAGAAUAUCGUCAACACUUCAAGUCUCUUUGGUGUUUCGGGUCCACUGGAUCUCGAGACGUCACGGGGGCUCAUUCUUCAAUCAAACCUGGCCCGAUUGCAAUGAUUUCUCGAACUUUUUAG